AUGGCUCUGAAAGUACAACAUCAAGAACAGAUAGCAGAGGAACUCUUAGACUCUACCCUUGUCUUAAUAGAAGAUGAAGGUUGGCGGCAGCACCUUGAUCAAGAAAUCUCUUUAAAGAAGAUCUCGGCAGAACGCUCUAUUGAAAGUGUUUUGGAAAAAUUACAAACACGUUCAAAAAUUCAAAAAGAUCCGUAUUUGCAAAGCUAUGUUGAUGAGAUCGCAGAUCUUUCACGACGUUUAUUAGAAAGUUUGAAAAAACAAGAAGUUCUAACAGAGGAGAAAAUUCCAGAAACGCCUUUUAUUGCAAUUGCUCCUUUUAUGGCUGUUUCAGAGCUUUUAGAACUCUCUAAAAAUGGAAAUUUAAAGGGGAUUGUUUUAGGGCAAGGGGGGGGUACUUCUCACUUGUCAAUUAUGGCUCGUUCAUUGAAGAUUCCUGUUUUGUCUCAAGGAACAAACUUUUUACAGCAUGUGCAAGAAGGUGAUUUGGUUUGUUUAGAUGCUGAUGCAGGUAAAGUAACCUUGAGCCCAUCUCUUGAUAUUCAAAAUGUUUUUCGCACGCGAAUGUCACAAACACAUAAAUAUAAGAAGGUUUAUUCGUCUAUAAUCGACCUUCCAGCAGUGACAAAAGAUGGAGUUGUAAUUUCAUUAAAAAUCAAUGCUGGAUUGCCUCACGACUUAGAAGCAUUAAAUAAUGUUGGUGCAGAAGGGGUUGGUUUGUUUCGAACUGAAGUCUCUUUUAUGAUUCAUGAUCGUUGGCCAGGAGUAGAUCGCCAAGAAGUGCUUUACCGGUCUAUUUUGAAAAAAGCUGCGGGACUGCCUGUGAUUUUUCGAACGUUAGACAUUGGUGCAGAUAAGCCGCUUCCUUAUUUGAAAAGUUUGGGUCGGGAAACCUCGAUGGGGGUUCGUGCCGUUCGUAUGGGCCUUGAUCGCCCAGCUCUUUUGCGUCAACAGGUGCGUGCCUUAAUCCGCGCAGCGGAGGAACAGCAGCUCUUUAUUAUGAUUCCUAUGGUUUCAGAAGUGGCUGAGUUUAAAGCAGUACGUCAUCUGUUGGAUUUAGAGGUGGCACGGGCUAAGGAGCAUAAUCAAAAGCUUCCUAAAAAAAUUUCUAUGGGUGUGAUGAUGGAAGUGCCGGCACUAGUUUGGCAAAUGCCAGCUUUGCUGAUGUAUGCAGAUUUUGUGUCUAUUGGGAGUAACGAUUUAUUUCAAUUUUUCUUUGCGUCAGAACGAACAAAAAGUGGUCGAGCGAAUCGAUAUGAUGUUUUGUCUCCAGCAUUUUUGUCUUCAUUGAAGUACCAAAUCUAUAAGUGUAACCAGGCUAAUGUCCCUGUAUGUGUAUGUGGAGAAAUGGCGGGGCAACCCUUGGAGGCUCUAGCUCUGCUUGGCUUAGGAUGUCGAAACUUAUCGAUGAAUGCAUCCUCUAUCGAACCGAUAAAGCGACUUAUACGCAGUUUAGAUAUCUCCUGCCUUCAAGAACGGAUGGAGGAACUCUUUCCUUCUCUAAAGCGUAGUUUGCGUCAAGAUCUAAGGCAGUUUUCUAAUGAACAAGGUCUGCACAUUCCUCUGAAAGAAUAG